AUGGAAGAACAUUCCAAUAAUCAAAGUAAUAAAGACCAAGAAGUUACAAUUGAUGGUGCAGCAAAAAUAAAGCAGAUUCAUUCUAACAUUCCUGAUGAAGAGAUACCAAAAGUUAGUAUAGAAUUUGAAACUGAAGAACAAGCUUACAAUUUUUAUAAUGUUUAUGCUUAUAAAGUUGGAUUUAGCAUACGAAGAAGCAAAUGGCAUAAGGAUAAUAAAGAUGGAAAAGUAAAAGAUGGAACAUUUUGUUGCUCAUGUGAAGGCUUUCGCAAAAAAGAUAAACGAUAUGAUAAUGUGAAAUGUCAUCGUGCUGAAACAAGGUUUGGUUGUUUGGCGAGGAUGAAGAUAAAACUUCAUCAAUUUGGAAAUUAUCAAGUUGUUGAAUUCUAUGCGGACCAUACACAUAUGACUUCAAGCCCUAGUAAGAGCCACUUACAUAGGUCACAAAGAAGAAUAACCCCUGCUCAAGCAUCUGAAAUUGAAUUGGCUGAGAAUUCAGGAAUUGCUCCUAAAGCGAGUAUGGAACUAAUGAUUAGGCGAGCUGGUGGACAUGAAAAUCUUGGAUUUAUUUUGGAUGAUUGUCGGAAUUAUAUACUCAUCAAAAGAACAAUUCAAAUGCGUACAGGAGAUACAGGUGGUGUUCUUGAAUAUCUUCAACAGAUGAAGUCAAAAGAUCCAAAAAAUUUUUAUGCUUUGCAAGUGGACAAAGAUGAUUUGUUAACGAAUAUUUUUUGGGCAGAUGCACACAUGAUGGCAUCAUAUCAUAACUUUGGUGAUUUUGUUUGCUUUGACACAACCUACCGAAAAAAUCAUGAUUGCCGCCCUUUUGCUAUGUUCGUUGGGGUAAAUCAUCAUAAACAAACCACUAUAUUCGGGGCUGCAUUGUUAUAUGAUGAAACUACUGCAACUUUUAUGUGGUUAUUUGAUACUUUUGUAGCAGCAAUGUCAGGGAAAAAACCAAAAACUAUUCUUACUGAUCAAGAUGCAGCAAUGGCAAAGGCAUUAAGAUCCCAAUGGCCAGAGACUUAUCAUCGCUUAUGCAUUUGGCAUAUGUAUCAAAAUGCAGCAAAACACCUGAGUAGUGUUUUUGAAAGAUUUCGUGAAUUUGCUACGGAUUUUAGAAAUUGCAUAUAUGAAUAUGAUGAAGAAUGUGAAUUCAUUGAGGCUUGGGGGAACAUGCUUGGGAAAUAUAAUCUUGAAAAUAAUGAUUGGUUGGCAAAACAAUUCGAGUUGAAGGAGAAGUGGGCACUUGUAUAUGGAAGAGAGACUUUUUGUGCAAAUAUGACUAGUACUCAAUGA